AUGUUCUCAAAGAUCGGGCUUGCAGCGUUGGCGUCGGUCGUGUUUGUGCGCUGCGUGGCGGCUCAGCAGCCGGUCUGGGCCCAGUGCGGCGGAAUUGGCUGGAGCGGGGCAACGACUUGUGUCUCGGGUUCUGUCUGCACGGAGCUGAAUGACUACUACAGUCAAUGCAUACCUGGUUCUGCAUCUAGCGCCCCCGCCCCGACGAGCACGUCCUCGACCUUGACCGCACCUACGAGCGUGCCGAGCGGCGUCGGCAAGGCGAACUUCUGGUUCAGCUUCGGAGACUCUUACACUCAAACCGGGUUCACGACCACGGGAGCCAUUCCCGCACCAGGAAAUCCGCUCGGCAAUCCGCCUUACCCGGGCUACACAGCUGUCGGGGGCACGAACUGGAUCGACGUAGACACGACGGUGUACAACAAGUCACUCGUGCUCACUUACAACUACGCGUACGGGGGCGCGACGAUCAACGCGUCGCUCGUUACGCCGUACGAGCCGACAGUGCUGUCGCUGAUCGACCAGGUGAAUGAGUUCAUGGGCCAGGUGGCGAAUAAGCCUGCAAGCGCACCAUGGACGAGCGAGAACGCGCUGUUCUCGGUGUGGAUUGGGAUAAACGAUAUUGGGAACAGCUAUUACGAGUCUGGGGACCGAGACGCGUUCUCCGACACGCUGUUAGAUUCGUACUUCGGCCAGGUCCAGGAACUCUACGCACAUACCUCGCUUGGCAACGUCGGCGCGAGGAACUUCCUCUUCAUCAACGUUCCGCCUAUCGACCGGUCCCCACUGAUGCUUGCCCAAAGCGCUGACGCACAGGCCCUAGAAAAGACCGUCAUUGCUGGUUUCAACUCGAAGCUCGCCGCUAGGGCGCAAUCGUUCGCUGCUGCGAACUCGGGCGUUACAACAUGGCUCUGGGACUCCAACACCGCGUUCACCACUGUUCUUGACAACCCGACCGCAUACGGAUUCGACGACGCCGUAUCGUAUGGAGGCACCAACGACUUCUGGGGCAACAAUUACCACUCAUCGAGUGCUGCCCAGACACUUUGGGGACAAGGUGUCGCUGCCGUGCUGAAUGAUACCGUCUGGUGA